GCAGCUACUCUCUUAUUUUAUCUAUCCGCAUCGCCCAGACUAGUUACACUUAUCUGAAAUGGGAAACAACCACGCGAGAGGUUCUUCGUGUGUAAUCAUGGGUACGACGAAGGCACAAUGGAUGAGUAUAAGACACAGCUGCUUUCUCGUUCUGUUUCAUCUCCUUCAACUCAAUCGAGCACUAUCUCUCACACCGAACAUCUCAUCAAAGCAUUUCUGCUCCAUUCAAACUUACAACCUUUGACAUCAUGAUCCCAGCGUUGAUCAUAGGCGCUCUCGCCUCAGCGACUCAGGCGAUUCUCGUCAACGGCCCAACUGGACCUUACGCGGUUUCCAUGUCAGUGGAAGCCCUGACCGACGACAGCAGGCUCGACCCUUACGCCCCGGUCAACAACACGCAUGUACGACGACUUAUGACUUCGACUUUCCUACCCGUCGACAAGGCCAAAAACUCCUGUGAGAGUUUGAAAAGAGUGCCAUACAUGACGCCCCUCGUGGCCCAGGCAUACGAUCAGCUGGGCGUCGCUGUUGGCCUACCCAACGGCACCUUCUCUUCAUUCGAGAUGGAGUUCUGUCAGUCUAGACCUCGUUCAUGCAAGCAGGCCCGCUCCAACUUGCCGUUGGUGCUUUUCUCUCCUGGCUGGGGCAACCCGCGCCUCCUCUACGGCGCUAUGGCUCGUGAGGUGGCUAGCCAUGGCUUUGCCGUUGUUACCAUCGACCAUUCUUACGAUCCUUCUUUUGUUGAGUUCCCUGAUGGAACUGUUUAUCAGGCAGUGAACCUCGACACCGACAACACUACGCAGUUGGAAACUCUCACUCAGGUUCGAGCCGACGAUGUCUCAUUCGUGCUCUCACAACUUCAAAAAAAUCCCAUCAAUGGCGUCAAUCUCAAACGUACCAUUAUGUUUGGCCACUCCUUGGGAGGUGCGACGGCGGCCGCCGCAAUGCUUCAAGAUUCCCGCAUCCUGGGCGGCAUCAACUUGGACGGCAAGCUUCUCGACCCUGUCCUCAAUGCGGGUCUCGAUCGUCCAUUUACUCUCGUUGGCCGGCCAGAGCACUCUGCUGACGAUCCGACAUGGGACGUCUUCUACGCCGCUCUGCGAGGCCAAAAGGCUUUGCUGACGGUUAACAACACCACGCACGGGGCGUUUACGGAUUCCCCCAACCUCAUCUCUUCACUGAACCUUACUUUGCCCGAGGCUGCACGCUCAUUGUUGGGGAGCGAACUUGGGAGUCUGGAGUUUGGCAGGAUCGGAAAGGUAAUUGCUGGAAUUGUCGGGGCUUUCUCCGAUUUGGUGUUACACAAGCGGGUUAAGUCUGUCUUCACUAAGACCGGUGAUGAUGCAUUCCCGGAGGUUGUGGGAACCAGCAUCAAAGUUUGAUCAAGAUCAAACUUGAUUGGAUACUUGGUUAAAUGCACUUAGACUGGUAUAAGGGCGAAGAGCUGCUUGUGGUCUCUAUGGAUGCAUUGCGAAUGAACCGAUUGCCCGGAGGGUUGAAUAACAAGGGGAGAAUAACAUAUUUGCCAUUCUUUUUGUAUUACUAGUAAUAAUUUGUUGAGAAUUCACUUUCACUUGCAAUAUCAGU